GAGUCUCCAGUUUUACGCACGCCAGGAUGGAAAGCUUCCUCUGUGCGCUCCCCGCUCUUCCUCCUGUCCCCGUUGACGCUCCUCUCCGCAGCAGCUGCAGCCCGCAGGUCUCCACCGGAUCCAACCCGAACAUCUAGAGGCUCCUCUUUGGUUCUGACCUGGAAGGAUGCUGCGGCAGGACGCGGCUCCGCUGCCCGUGAGGAAUAUGUUGACAGGACACCUGGAGGUGGGCUCAGGCUGACUUCAGAGCCAGAAUCAGAUCGGAUCCACUUUCUGCUCGUUUCUGGAGGAUCUCUGCUGGGAUGUAAUUUAAACUAGAGGCCACAUCUGAGAGACGAGCCGCAUCAGUGCGUCAGAGCGCAUGGAUCACUGAUUCCCUCCUCUGGUUCCACUCACUCAGAAAAUGACUAACUGUCUCCUGCGACUGGCUCUGCUCGUGGUUUGCGUCCUCUCCACCCGCUGCAGCGCCGCGCCGGAGGCCGAGGCCGGGGCGCACCCGGAGUCCUGCGCGUCCUGCGCCGCCUCCGCUCAGCUGGAGGACCCGGAGUCCGCGCGCGUGGACGGAGACUUCCUGGAGGCGGUGAAGAGGCACAUCCUGAGCCGGCUGCAGCUGCGCGAGCGGCCCAACAUCACGCACCCGCUGCCCAGGGCUGCCAUGGUGACGGCGCUGCGCAAGCUGCACGCGGGGAAGCUGCGCGAGGACGGACGGGUGGAGAUCCCCAACCUGGACGGACACCCGAUGAGCAACGAGGUUCUGGAGGAGAGCUCCGAGAUCAUCAGCUUUGCGGAGAAAGAUGAUCUGGUCACGUCCAAAUCCAGCCUGUUCUUCCUGAUUUCUAAUGAGGGCAACCAGAACCUCCACGUGACCCAGGCCACCCUCUGGCUCUACUUCAAGCUGCUGCCGUCCCCCGGCGAGGUGCGCGGGAAGAGGAAGGCGACGGUGAAGGUGUACUACCAGGAGCCGGGCCUGGGCAGCAGGUGGGACCUGGUGGAGAAGAGGGUGGAGCUGCGGCGCAGCGGCUGGCACACCUUCUCGCUCACGGACGCCGUCCGGUUGGCGUUUGAAAAGAGUGACAACCGGCGGCAGAACCUGGACAUUCGCUGCGAAGGCUGCGAGGCGGAGGGUGUGGUGCCGGUCCUGAUGAACCUCAAAGACGAGUCCCACCGGCCCUUCCUGGUGGUGCGGGCCAGGCAGGCCGACAGCAAGCACCGCAUCCGCAAGCGGGGGCUGGAGUGCGACGGCAGCAGCCAGCUGUGCUGCCGGCAGCAGUUCUACAUAGACUUCCGGGUGAUCGGCUGGAACGACUGGAUCAUCGCGCCGUCGGGAUACUUUGGGAACUACUGUGAGGGGAACUGCCCGGCCUACAUGGCGGGCGUCCCCGGCUCCGCCUCUUCCUUUCACACGGCCGUGGUGAACCAGUACCGCAUGAGGGGGAUGAGCCCCGGCUCCAUGAACUCCUGCUGCAUCCCCACCAAGCUCAGCACCAUGUCCAUGCUGUACUUCGACGACGAGUACAACAUCGUGAAGCGCGACGUCCCCAACAUGAUCGUGGACGAGUGCGGCUGCGCUUGACUCUUUGCUUCCUGUCUAUUUAACUCAAGAACUCGGCAGAUUAACGACUUUUACAACGAAAAAGUGAAUAUAAAAACAGAAUAUUUAUGAAGACCGGAGAAAACACAAACUCGCAUGUAUGUCUGCACAAAACCCUGUAUAUAUAUUUAUGUUUGUUGCUCCACUUUCUGUCCGAUCUUCCAAAAUCUGCUCCGCUUGGCAAACAAUCGACUCCAGCCGGUCCUCACUAGAUAUCUCCAAGAUUGUGAGGACAGUGUUGGUACAUCCAGCCUUGUUCACAGCAGUAUAUUUAAGUUGUAUGAAUCAAGGGAAACUUCUCCACAGGAAGAGUGGAGAGCCUUAAGUGAGUCCCAUUCGUUCCUCUCUACAUGGAACACACACUGACGGUGCAAGUUCUGCCAACCUACAGCACUUCUGGCCUUAAGUUCUUCUAUUACGCCACAGAAACUGGACAUCCGGUCCAACAGGACCACCGACUCUAACUCUAGAUAUCUGUCCACAAAAUCCUCCUCCAGAGAGCAGGAGUCAGAGAGGAGACACCAGAGGUCAGAGGUAGAGUCCAACCGACGCUGGCGAGGAGAUCCUGACAAUCGAGAGGUUCCCGCGCACCUAAAAGUUGCCCGAACCUCUCAAGGUUAGAUGAAAUACGGCAUUUAUUUCUCUGAAAUUAAGAAUUUGAAGAUGUAAUCUUACUUCUCAACAUUGGCAUUGUCAACCUACCUGGUUAUCUUGAUAUGUUGUCAUCGUUGACCUGAAUGUCUACGCUUUGGUGUUCGUCGGUCUUUUACUGACCUGCCGCUGACUAAAAGUCAGGAGGUUCAUGUUCUUGGAGUGGAUGACUUUAAGGACUCUCCCAUCAGUAAACACCUGUAGAAAUUAUAUUUUCUUGCACUUAAAACAUAAAACAAAGUUGUGGCCAAAAUUUUCACCUUUAAUGUUCCAAACAUCUCUGUCCAACUGGUAGAUUCAUGUCCUCACGUUCAGCACUUAUAGACAUCUGGGGAACUUCCUGGUUCACUUUCUUUGCCAGCAUCGUUAGAAGUUGCCAUAUUCAGGACACCCCCCCGCCCCCCCAUGCACACGUUUGAAGCACUUGCUGAUUGAUUUGCCUUUAUGGAGCCCAGAGUAGCCCUUCAUCACCAGACACUGUCCCCUUUGAAAGUGCCGCAUGAGCUAUGCAAAAUGUAAAAGGUACCCAUAUGAUCAACGAGCUCAACUGAAAAGGUGACAAACUUCCACCCUGUACUUGAAAUGUGGGCGGAGGCGGGUCGGCUGCAGGCUGGAGGGUCUGGACAAAAACACAGGACAUGUUUCUGAGGAGUAUUCCCGGGCUGGAGGUGUCGUUAGUCACCUACAACCUGAUGCUAGGUUCAAUUUACAUUUGAGGAAGUUUAAUCAAUGAAUCAGCAACUAAACAGGACUUUAAUGAAGAGAAA